GCGAGUUGCGCACAGUCGGCGCUGGUCGUGGCGCACGGAGCGGAGCAUUAUGGACUGUAAAGUGGAACUGGGUUUCUGGAAUAUUAAUUAGAGUAACUAUUAUGAGCAACGUGCAAUAGUUGGUUCUGACGUGACGUUUUUCCAUGGUGUCCGUCCAAUAAGCAGAGUGAACAGACGCCGGAACUCUUGAUGGCUGCAUGCUACUUCGUUUGUUUUAAAACCAUCAACUUACAUACUGAUUCAUAACACAUCGAAAUCUGUGGUCCCUCUGGACCUGAAGAGCUGAAGAUGCAAAUGUUAUAUGAAUAUGCAAAAUCCUCGGUCCACUGUCCAGGCCUCUACUGCGGCAGAAUCCGUUUCCAAAAUGGUUCUGAAAGCGAUUGCGGGGCUUGUCCUCGAGGCUUCCGUUCAGCAGUUGGUAAAAUAUGCGAGAUAUGCGUUGACUUGCCUCAGUUUUACGACUGGUUGUACCUCGGCUUUAUGGCACUUCUCAUUCUAGUCUCAGAAUGGUACAUCAUCGACAAGACAUUAAAAAGACGAAGUUUCACCACCGAAGUACUGGUUCUACAUGCGAGUGCUCUAGUUGAGAAUAUCAUGGCCAUUGUCAGCACGUUGCUGGUAACACCUCCAGUCGGUGAACUUCUAGUGCACACCUGUAGGGUGCGUCAGCUGUCGGAUUGGUACACACUCUUGCACAACCCUACGCCGGGCUACAAGCAUACGCUGCGGUGUACGCAGGAGGCUGUGUAUCCCUUGUAUUCAAUGGUGUUCAUCUACUACGGCUUCUGCCUGGUAUCCUUGCUGCUGCUGCGGCCGGUACUUGUAUUCCGGGUGUUCACGGGACAGGCCAAAAAAUCUAUAUUCCUCACGAUGUACAUAAUUCCUGCCAUGGCUCUCAUUCAUGCCACCAUGGCAGGAUUACUCUAUUACUCAUUCCCGUACAUCACCAUCAUCCUCUCUGUGAUAUCGAUGGCCACACAUUUUGCAUUCCGGCUAGAUCAGUCCAUGUGUGCGCUUCUGGUGCACACGGUCAAGGAAGCACGCAAUCUUACGAUCCUGUUGGGCCACUGGUUUCUACAUGCCUACGGGAUUGUGGCCAUCACACAGCUCCAGGAACCAGUGCUGCAUUCGGCUCUUCUUGGCGUAGUGCCAUUUCCAGCACUCUUCUACGUUCUGACAUCAAAGUUUACGGAUCCAAGCAAACUGCAUGCGGAAUGAAUCCUUUUGUGUUUGUGUGUGUCAUGAACUGCUGGUACAGUUUGAAAUAUUUGUCCACACAGAAUGAAUGAUGUAAUAAAGUGAUUGUGUUA